UCUGACACCAAAAUACAAACUUCCGUUUCCGCUUACUGCACGAGGUCGAGCCAUGACGGUGGAACGACAAGCAGACUUCGAGGAAGAUAUCUCCCGCGUUAAGCGAGUAAAGGUGGAGCAGAACGGCUACUCGAAGACCGACCCUGCAAACAACCCCUACCUGGCGCAUUGGGCCGACGACCCACACACCCCCGAGAGCCAGGCCCACCGCCUCUACUCCUUCCAGCGCCAUGCGACAACCGCAAAGGCCGCCCGCGCUGCUGAGGAUGGCCCUAUCAAUCCCUUCACCGGCAGGACGUUGACGGGAAAGUACAUGAGCAUCCUUCACAAGCGACGAGACCUGCCCGUACAUGCGCAGAGAGACGAGUUCUUGAAGCUCUACCAGGAGUCGCAAAUCUUGGUCUUCGUCGGUGAGACUGGUUCUGGCAAAACUACGCAGAUCCCCCAGUUCGUCCUCUACGAUGACCUCCCCCACCUCAACAAGAAGUUGGUCGCCUGUACCCAGCCCCGCCGAGUCGCCGCCAUGUCCGUCGCCCAGCGUGUUGCCGAGGAGAUGGACGUCCAACUGGGCGAGGAGGUCGGAUAUAGCAUUCGCUUCGAGGACAAGACCGGCCCAAAGACAAUGCUGAAGUACAUGACGGACGGGAUGUUGCUGCGCGAAGCUAUGCACGACAACAACCUGACGAGGUAUAGCACUAUCAUACUUGACGAAGCCCACGAGAGGACCUUGGCUACAGAUAUCUUGAUGGGUCUCUUGAAAGAGGUUGUUUUGAGGAGGAAAGAUCUGAAAUUGAUCAUUAUGUCCGCUACGUUAGACGCGACCAAGUUUCAGAAGUACUUCCACGACGCACCGCUUCUUGCCGUGCCUGGACGAACCCACCCUGUCGAGAUCUUCUACACGCCGGAACCGGAGCGGGACUACCUUGAAGCCGCAAUCCGAACUGUCUUGCAGAUUCAUACCAGCGAACCCGAGGGCGACAUCUUGUUGUUCCUUACGGGCGAAGAGGAGAUUGAGGAUGCCUGCAGGAAGAUCAGAAUGGAGACUGAAGAAGCAAUAAGCGAUGGCAUCGCUGGUCCAAUCAUGGUAUAUCCGCUUUACGGAACCCUUCCUCCUCAGCAGCAGCAGCGGAUAUUCCAACCAGCUCCUCCUGCAGCUAAGCCCGGUGGUCGGCCUGGACGCAAGUGCAUCGUCUCUACCAACAUUGCCGAAACAUCACUCACUAUUGAUGGUAUCGUUUAUGUGGUGGACCCGGGCUUCAGCAAGCAAAAGGUCUACAACCCUCGUAUUCGAGUCGAGUCCCUUCUCGUGUCACCAAUCUCAAAAGCGUCUGCACAGCAACGUGCUGGUCGUGCCGGUCGUACUCGACCCGGAAAGUGCUUCCGCUUGUAUACGGAGGAGACAUUCAAGACGCAGCUCAUUGCUCAAACAUACCCUGAGGUUCUCCGGUCGAAUUUGGCGAACACGGUCCUGGAGCUCAAGAAGCUGGGCAUCGACGACCUCGUUCACUUUGACUUGAUGGAUCCUCCAGCCCCUGAGACAUUGAUGCGCGCGCUCGAGGAACUCAACUAUCUAGCAUGCCUCGACGACGAAGGUGAACUGACCCAGCUGGGCCAGCUAGCUUCUGAAUUUCCCCUGGAUCCAGCGCUGGCGGUGAUGCUCAUCAGCUCUCCGGAAUUCUACUGUUCCAAUGAGAUUCUCUCGCUCACGGCCCUCCUUUCCGUCCCCCAGAUCUUCGUCAGCCCUACCAACAAACGUAAACAAGCCAACGAGAUGAAGGACCUAUUUGCGCAUCCCGACGGCGAUCAUCUGACGAUGUUGAACGUUUACCAUGCUUUCAAGAACCAACCCGCAGGUGAUCAAAAGCAAUGGUGUCAUGACCACUUCCUGUCAUACCGCGCUCUUACCCAUGCCGAUGACGUUCGGCUUCAGCUCAGGCGUAUCAUGGAGGCGAGGGAGAUCGAGUUCGUUUCGACCAAGCACGGUGACAAGAACUACUACGAGAACAUCCAGCGGGCGCUCGUAGCUGGAUUCUUCAUGCAGGUUGCCAAGAAAGAUGGCAGCGGGAAGAACUACGUUACAGUCAAAGAUGACCAGACUGUUAUCCUACAUCCCAGUACUGUCCUCGCUGUAGAUGCAGAGUGGGUGGUGUAUAAUGAAUUUGUGCUUACAAGUAAGAAUUUCAUUCGCACAGUCACGGUUGUGAAACCAGAGUGGCUUCUAGAUAUUGCCCCUAUGUACUACGAUCUCGAUACCUUCAAGAAAGGCGAGGUCAAGGCGGCCCUGCAGAGAUGCCAGAAUAAGAUCAAUCGGAAUAUGGCUGGCAAGAAGGCAGCUACUAGGUAUUGAUAUCGGGUUUAUUAUUUGACGGCAGUGCAUUGGAGUCAUACGGGGACGGCAUCUAUGGAUCUGGGCCAUUGGCAUUGAUAGACUUGUUCGAUAGGUAUCGGGAGUGGAGGAAGUGGAAUAUGAGUUCUGUGACUCGGUCGGUAUGGUCUCGAGUAAGCGGAUCAAAGCAAUCGAAAAUGAAGAACUAUGUUACAAUU